AUGACGGCACACGUUUCCCGUAAACACGGCAUAACGUUGAAACCCAGGGAGCCCACCGCAAGGACUACGAGGUCAGGCUCUUGUCAGAGUUCGCCACGGUCCGAAAACGGACAGUUACGGAUAAACGAGGCAUUUACAUCGAAGAACAAGUUUUCACACAGUUCAACAAGACACGGGGAAAUCACAAAGUCUAUCGGUGUCUUUAUCGCCAAAGACAUGCGACCAUUCUCUGUAUUAGAAAACCAGGGAUUCGUGAAUAUGAUCAAUGUGCUGGAACCUAGGUACGACAUGCCAGGUAGGACACACUUUUCAACUAACGUAAUCCCCAAGUUAUAUGAGGAAACUAAAGAAACAGUAACUAAAUGUUUGAAAGAAGCAGAUUUUGUAGCUCUAACUACCGAUGCAUGGACCUCGCGUGCAACACAGAGCUACAAUACCAUAACAGCUCAUUUCAUACUAAAUUGGGAAAUUCAAUCAGUUGUACUUCGAACAAGGGUGAUGCACGAAUCCCACAUAGCACAGCAUUUAGCUGAACUGUUAACUGCUGCCGUGGCAGAAUGGAACCUUAAGCGACAUGAUCAAAUGCCUUCUCUUACUACAGACAAUGCAAAAAAUAUACUUAACGCUGGAGAACUUGCAGGAUUUCACCCCCACAUUGGUUGUGUAGCCCAUGCCAUAAACUUGGCAACACAGGGGUCUUAA